GGUUAUCGACGGGACGGACGGCCGUGAUAGCGGCCAUUUGCAUUCGCGGUGACGGCCUGUGCUGUGUGGUGCGGUCCGAAUGGAGAGUGUACCGUUUCGUUUUUGGUGCGCGUCCUAGCGUGCCCUCGACGAUCCGGGCGAGAUCUGUCCCCUGCCCGUACUUGAUCGCCCCCGUCGUUUGCGAAGAAUGGCGAGGGCGGGUAGCGACGUCUCGAGGACCGUGUGCGGGAACACGAUUCAGGAGAACGAGAGGAGGCUGCGUGAGGCGCGAAUUAAGAAUCAGACCAAGAGCCGAAUUAGGCAUGACCUGAGCAAACUGUUUGGCAAGCUCAACCAAGCCGUGGAAGCGAGCUCGCUGAAAUCUUCGGACAAGUCGAGCUUGUCGUACAACCAGAGCGUCACCAGAUGCUGGUAUGGCCCAAUCGCGGGAUUUCCGCCUGGCUCCUGGUGGGGCAUACGCAUGGACUGUUCCAGGGAUAAGAUGCACGAGCCCUUUGACGUUGACGUACACGAGGGACCGUUCGGCGUUAUCUCCGUAUGCACCUCGCAUGCCAACAUGAACGAGGAUGUGGAUCUCGGUGAUUACCUGACGCUCACGGGCCAGGUGUAUCACGAGAAGCAGCCCAGCGCAGAUCCGUUCAUUCGCAACUACAAAAAUCAGAUACCAUUGAGAUUAAUAAGGAGUUACAAUCUGCAAAACAGUAUCGCGCCCAACACCGGGUACAGGUACGACGGGCUCUACGUGGUCAUAGGCUGCUGGAUCGGCAUGGCCUCGGACGGAACCAGGUACAACAAGUUCGCGUUGACGCGCCUCGCGAGUCAGGAGUCGCUCAACAGGCGUGGCAAAGGCACGGAGGAACUGUCCUCCGUGCGACGUUACAUCCCAUCGUCGGACCAUCCGAACACGUAUGACUUGAGAAAGUGCUCGAAUAACAUCAGCGCUACUACCUGCCGGAAGCGAAAGCUCAGCUACGGAGACGAGAGUCUGCCAAUCGCGAAAACGAUACCGUCGAUCGACAUCAGCAGACGGUCCGCACCCGAGAGUUCCAUCGUCACGCGUCAUGUCUUUAAGAAACUACCGAGUAGCGCGGAAAGCGUUACCGCAACUUCCGUACCUGAUCAAAAGACGUUGCUGUGCCUUGGUGCGUCGGCUACUAAAACCCAUAGUACAAACAUCUCGAUACGCAUGGGCCUGUACGAGUCGUCGCACAGCUCGCAGGACGCGAAGAAGAGCGUCUCGACGAUGUUGCAGAAGCCUUCCAAGCUCGAUAUCGCUAUUCGCACGGCGUUGGACAUGGAGGGUAGUCGCUUGACACCCAAGGAGGACAGUUGUAAGCCUGUCGAGAAGACGGAUGUGGAUAUGGUGCGAGUUAAUUCUCGGCCGAGCGAAAAUGUAUCCUACAACGGGCAUGUCAUGGCCAACAGCGUGACCGCUUCUCCGUUGGAUAAACGUAGAGAGAAUCUGCCGUCGGCCGCCGUGUACUCGUCAGAACAUUCGUAUUGCAUAUCCUCGUCGCUGAAUAGCCUCAAGAAUAGUGCAAGCACUACGAUCGAGCGUAAGGAACAACUUCAAAAUGCUCAACAGUAUCAAGAUGUACGAAACUUAAAUACCGAUAACGAAUCGUUGCAGAAGUCGAAUUCCAGCAAUGAACCAUCGACGAAUUCGUUCGCGACGCACGAAAGAAUCUUUGAAUGCCAUGACGUUCUGGAGACACCGAACGAAUCGCUCUGCGCGCAAGGCAUCAAAUCCUUGGACUCUCUGACACCGGACAAGAUCUUGAACUUGAUCAACAAGGAGAUACAUCAUCCUCUGUCCAAGUUACUUAUCGGAAAUGUGAUAGGGCUGACGAGCGAGGAAUGCGCGAUGUGGAACGCGUCGAAGAGGGAAACGACGCCGGAGACCAAGAGCAAGAGGCACGCGUCGACGAGGACGAAUCUUAGGAAGAGGCACAAAGGAGCGGACAACAUAAAGGAGAACGUCGCCUGUUUGGACACGCACAACAGAAGGUACUACAAAUACUCCAAAUCCGAACGAUUAUUUUGGAAGGUAACGAAGCAAGCGGAUGGAGCGGAAAAAUUCGACAAAUUGCUACCCGGCGUGGAUCGCCAAUCCUGUCCUAACGACGCGGACCAAAAACGUAAUGACAACGUUAGAAGAAGCGAUCGGGGUAGCGUGUCCAAGAAGAACACCGAGUACUUAUCGCCGUUUCGCGUACAGGGUUCGCUUCAGACUAUCGCGCAACACACGCGCAGCUCGUACGACAUAAAGACCCGUCUGAGAACUGACAAGGCAGCGGUACUGGCGAAGCCGGAGUUUCCUAACUCGUCGAUCAAGAAGAGCAAGUACAAGAAGCGAGAUAGGGAAAUCGCCAACUUGUCGAUAGACGCCAAUUUCGGUCCCGCGACGCGCGGACCCAGGAAUCGGAGAUUACGAUGCAGAAACAACGCGUAUACGAAAUGCUGCGGUACCUUCAAUACCGUAAUAUGUUCUCCCAACAAGCGACACAAGUCCAGCUUCGAACGGAAGAGCAAACUGAGCAAGGUCAACCGUCAACGUGCCGGAGAGAGACAGACCAAGGACAAGUACAGGAUGACCAGUACGGUCCACGCAAACGGCAAGAAUGUUAACAGUUCGAUUGGCAAGCAAAAAAAUCUCAAAGGUAGUAUUAAUAAUAAUAAUAAUAAUGAAAAUCGCAGCAAUCACAACAAUAACCACGCCGCAAGCAGCAAGAGGAAGGAGAGAGAAAAAAUUGUAACCGUUGAUCACAAUGUCGCCAAGACUUCCUUCGACAGGAGCCUUCGGAAGAAGCUGACAAUCCCUUUGUCGCAUCAUGCCGUUCAAACGCCGCGUUUACAAUGCUUUCGCAAAAAACAGACCGAGAAGCCCAGCACGAUGGACGCGACGACGCAGUGCAGACUUAUCUCCGAUAAUCCGGAAGUUUACGUUAUCGGACAACUGAACGAUCAGAGAGCUGUCUUGAAGAUGGAGUGGGAUAAACUGGAGAAGCUGAGGGAGGCCACGUUGGACGUGUCCGAUCAGGGGAGCCAGACUUGUCGGACGUCGCGCCUCUGCGCCGCUUCCACGCUCACGGAGGAUAACGCGAGUCGCAAAAGCGACGAGGAGUACGCGGACUCUCUGCAGGAUAGAGCGUCGGCCUUCGUGCCGGUGAACGCGUUCGACAGCGAUCUGCGGAUCGCGCGGCUCAGAUCGAUCGGUUUCAAGCCCAUAAUCAAGCCACGAUCACCGCUGGCCGCCCAUGACCUGGAGAUCGAGAGCGCGUUCGUGACCACGAGCAAGGUAACGAAGCGCGAUGUUGCCGAGGAGUAUCACAAGUACGCGAAUAACGAGGAUAAUAAUGCGGUCGUUUACAUGGACGAUGAAUUGCAGUAUCAAGAAAUCGAAGAGGAAGAGGAGGAGGAGGAGGAGGAGGAAGAAGACGACGACAAUGAGAAACAAUUAAGUGCGAGCGCGUCGAUAAAGUCAACAUUAAGAGGCGUACAAUCGAAAACUAGUAACAUACUUCCGGAAACGUUACCCUCGCGCGAAAACCUGGAAUCCCCUUGGCACGGCUGGAAGAAGAUCGUCACGAAUAAUCGAUCGUAUUGGAUCGGCUGGUAAUCGAUAGUAGAUCGCAGGAUCUACUUGGGAUAUUGGUGAAUACAUACAAAGGGUGCUUUUUCGCUGCUGCGAUUAGAAAAAUGAACCGUUUUAUCCAAACGUGUACAAUAUUAUAUCUUUAUUUUUUUGCCAAAAAGUAAAGGCUGUUAACAUUCUAAAUUAUUCUUCUAACAGUAAUAAUACGGUAUUCGAGUUGACUAAUAUAUUUUUAA